CAGAUACUUCAAGACAAACAUUUCAGCAAAGGGAAAAGAGAGACCCAUAAACAAGUCUAUCUCCUCUGAGGUUUGGGCGCAGAGGGCUGGUGUGAUUAAGGUUAGGAUUAGAGUUAGGAUUAGGCUCAACUAUAAUCAAGGUACUGAGUAAACCUCCUCCCCUGUCCCUGCCACCCUGACAUGUGGGUGGGGGGUUAGAGAGUCAGACGAGGGGGAUCGGGACGAGAGGAAGAGUCGCAGCAGGCAGAGCAUGAGAGACGCACACGGGAACUGCGGCGGCGCGCGUCCUGAGCAGUGAGAAGUAUGAGACAAGGAGACAAAGAGACAGACCUGGGGAUGGAGGAGAUGGAUCUGAGGCCGGGGGCCGGUGACAAUACACCAACACGUCACUGGGGCGGCGCUGAGACAUGCGAGGGCCAGAAGAGCUGGCGCUCUGGCUGUGCGUGGAGGGGCGGCUGUGUGGCCAGCGAGCGGCUGGCCAUCAACGUGUCGGGCAUGCGGUACGAGACGCACCUGCGCACGCUGGCUCAGUUUCCCGACUCACUGCUGGGCGACCCGCACCGCCGGCUGCGCUACUUCGACCCGAUGCGGAACGAGCUCUUUCUGGACCGUAGCCGCGUCUGCUUCGAUUCCAUCCUCUAUUUCUACCAGUCGGGGGGACGACUGCGGCGCCCCCCCCACAUACCGCUCGACGUCUUCAUGGAGGAGCUGCGCUUCUACGAGCUAGGCGAGGACGUCAUCACUCGCUUCCGCGAGGACGAGGGCUUCGUCAAGGAGGAGCCGCGCCCAUUGCCCUCCGGUGCUCUGCAGCGCCACCUCUGGAUGCUCUUUGAACACCCGGAGUCCUCAUCUGGCGCCCGCAUCAUCGCCGUCAUCAGCAUCAUGGUUAUCAUCGUGUCCAUCGUCAUCUUCUGCCUGGAGACAAUGCCAGAGUUCAAGAAGGAGGAAAGGGAGGUGCACCACGGCUCCAACUCCAGCUCCGGGGGCCACACAGCCUCUGACCUCUUCCUGGACCCCUUCUUCAUGGUGGAGACCAUCUGCAUAUGUUGGUUUUCCUUCGAGCUCUUCAUGCGCUUCACCUGCGCCCCCAGUAAGAUCCACUUCUUCAAGGACGUGAUGAACGUCAUUGACUUCGUGGCCAUCAUCCCGUACUUCGUCACACUGGGCACCGAGCUGGCCGACACCAAGGGUGGCAGCCCCACCGCCACGCUGGCGGUGAUCAGGGUCAUCAGGCUGGUCCGCGUCUUCCGCAUCUUCAAGCUGUCCCGUCAUUCGAAGGGCCUGCAGAUCUUGGGCCAGACGCUGAGGGCCAGUCUGCGUGAGCUGGCUCUGCUCAUCUUCUUCCUCUUCAUCGGGGUCAUCCUCUUCUCCAGCGCCGUCUACUUUGCCGAGGCGGACAACAAAGAAUCUAUGUUCACCAGCAUCCCCGAGUCCUUCUGGUGGGCUGUGGUUUCCAUGACGACCGUGGGCUACGGCGACAUGUACCCGGUGACGGUAGGAGGCAAGUUGGUGGGCUCCAUGUGCGCCAUCGCUGGCGUGCUGACCAUCUCGCUGCCCGUGCCUGUGAUUGUCUCCAACUUCAGCUAUUUCUACCACCGGGAGAUGGAGAACGAGGACACCACUGAAUAUGUCCAUGUGAGCACAGACAUCUGGCAGGCGGACGAGGGGGAACAGGAGGAGCAGUGGCCUGAGCCGGAAAAGCAGGCAAACCAGCUGCUCUAUGAGAAGGGCAGGUAUGGAGGCAUCUGUGUUCCCCUCAAUGGCAUGAUCCUGGGGGGGCUGUGUGCCGGCCAGGGGGAGGGACACCUGGGGGGAAAUAUGUACCUCAAGGAGCCCUUGGUGACCCAGGUGUGAAAAGAAGAUGAAGGCAGAGUGACAACCUCGAUGUCACUUUGCUGGAUCAUCAGCCACAGGAUUAACAGCAUUAUCACACAGUGAGAGACUCAGCACCGGAUCACUGCAUCAUCAGAGACAGGAUCGACGGCAGAUUACUCCAUAAUCUUACAGUGAGUGACUCUGCACCAGCUCACUGGAUCAACACACAGAGACAGGAUCUACGGCAGAUCACUCCAUAAUCUUACAGUGAGUGACUCUGCACCAGCUCACUGGAUCAACACACAGAGACAGGAUCUACGGCAGAUCACUCCAUAAUCUUACAGUGAGUGACUCUGCACCAGCUCACUGGAUCAACACACAGAGACAGGAUCUACGGCAGAUCACUCCAUAACCUUACAGUGAGUGACUCUGCACCGGCUCACUGGAUCAUCACACACAGACAGGAUCUGCAUUACGUGACUAGUAACUGGGGGAAAGUAUUACAAAUAUACAGUUAUAGCAGGAAUACAAACAAACAGCAAGAUAGAGAACAACAGGGCAAAGAGGAAAGAUUAUAGAAAUUCUUUAUUAUCCAUUAUUUAUUGAAAACAAAAAGAUUAUUAUAUGACUUAGUUAUUCAUUACUUGAAUUACUUGGUCAUCAUCUCUUAUUAUAAAAAUGAAAAUGGACUAUUUAUCUUAUUUUUGGUUUCUUUUAAAUGUCUUGCCUUGUAAUUUGAAGUCUUAACCAUAUUCAUUUUAUUGUGCUGAGUUUAGAUAAAGAGAGAGAGAGAGAGAGAGAGAGACUGAGUGGGCCUGCUGAUUAUCGUAUGCAUGGUUUGGCUAGCCUGGCUGCUGAUUAUGUUGGCACUGACUCAGUUGGGUGUCACAAGCUUUCCGCCAUGAGAGAAGCCCACCACCCGCAACCUGGUCCUGCUGAGGCUAUAAGGCAGGCCAUCCUCUGGGCCCUAUGUGAUAAAGGCCUGCAGGGAGGCCUGUGCAGGCUCAGAGUUGUACUGCUGUUCCCGGGGUUGGUGUCCAUCUGUGACUGGUCCAUAACCCAUCGGGGCACUGGGCUUCCCUGUCACAGGCAGGACUGUGUCCUGCACAGCUGUGGCAGGUUCUACAGGCUUCUAGUAGAGCUCAAGAGGGUGAAGGUGCUGAAAACUCACACGUGCUUUGGGGGCUAACCCCCCCCCCCCCCCCACCCCUCUAGUUCUGCCUUAAUUCAUUGUACAUUUUGGGUGGACUUGAAACCUCAGGGGUGGGGGAGGGGGUGCAGUAGUAGGAGGGAGCCCCCCCAUGUGCUUCUUUGUUCAUCUCCAGCACCUGAUUACUCCUCUACUCCCAUAGAGCCUCCCUGAACGCCUUUAAGCUGCGCUGAUAGCUGUGAUCGGUGCCUGCUGCUGCCCCCGUAUGCAUGGGCAGGGUAUUGUAUAUAUGUAUGUAUGCAUAGGGUUUAUAUUUGUGCAGGUAAAGAACGUUUUACUCAGAUUUACUUUGUCACCCGGAGUUUAAUCUACACAUAAACACACAGAAACAAACACCAAACACAGCCAACACACCAUUAAAUACACACCCAGACUGACACACACAUGAACGAUCUCAAAAUUGCUUUAUUAACGUAACACAAGUGUACAAUAAAAAACAAGCAAACAAGAAAGCAUUAUAUAUUAAUAUUCCAGUUAAGUGGGAUGAUAGUAAUGUGUGAAGACUAUAAAACACAAGGACACCUGACAGACACGUCUAGAAAUGAGUGGACAGGACACAGCACUUUGGGAACCAGUCUAUAGGCAGGGACACCCCCUCACAUGGCACUGUGGGGGCAGUCUACAGCCAGGGACACCCCCACAAAUAGUACUGCAGGUGCCAGUCUACAGCCAGGGACACCCCCACACACGGCACUUUGGGGGUAGUCUACAGCCAGGGACACCCCCACACACGGCACUGUGGGGACAGUCUACAGCCAGGGACACCCCCACACAUAGUACUGCAGGCGCCACUGUACAGUCAGGGACACCCCCACAAAUAGUACUGCAGGGGGCAGUUUAGAGCCGGAGACACCCCCGCACACAGCACUUUGAGAACCAGUCUACAGCCAGGGACACCCCACACACAACCUCCACCACUCAUGCUCCUCCAACACACAGGCAAAUGGCUCCAAAGACCCCCCCCCCACCCCACACACACACAUCUACACACGCUGUUAUUUCCUGUGGAGGAAUCCUGGACUAUGUACCAUGUCGAGGCGAGACCCGAGCUCCAUCCCAAAGGGGUCCUGGGAGUCCAAGUCCGUGGCCCCCUGGGGCAGUGCAAACGCCUCCUCGCUGCCCCCCUCUGGGCCCACCCCUGAGAUCAGAGCGUUCUUUACAGGGAGGAACUGAAAGAGUCGCAGACUGUCCUGUCCAGGUGACUUUGGCGCAAGAGAAACAGGAAGUCCUCGGUGAGGAGACAGGAAGAGAGUAUAUCCAUCUGGCAGGAGCAGCUCUCGGAAGGUGCAGUCCUUCUCUCUGUACAGCCGCUGAAUAAAGAUCUUCUGUUAGUUUGA